AUGGAGCUCAUAUCUGCUGGUUGUAAGAACAACAUUCCUCACCAUGUGUUCAUGUGCUCUGAGCUUUACGUUGCUGCAUUUGAUGGGCAAAGACAGGAGAUCCUCAGGCUCUUAGGAGGAAGCAGCGGCGAUGGUCUGGAAGCCGGGACUAGCCGGCCAUCCCCGGCAGCGCAAGCAACUGCCUGCAACAUUCACGAGGUUACUGCAGAACAAGGCACGCUUCUACACGUCGCGGCGGCGCAAGGCCACUGCGACCUGAUCACUGAACUGUGCCGCCAUGAUCGCGACCUGCUCUCCUCCGUGACCUCGUCGGGGGACACGCCGCUGCACUGCGCGGCGAAGGCUGGACAUGCCGCAGCGGUCAGGGCCAUCAUCGCGCAGCUGGCCGCGCGGGAGAGCGUGGAGGAGGACAGGCUGGGAGAGAUCCUUCGGGGCAAGAACGCGGCGGGGGACACGGCGCUCCACCUCGCCGCGAGGCACGGCCAUGGCGCGGCAGUGUCGGCGCUGAUGGCGGCAGCCCCCGAGGCGGCGUCGGAUGUGAACGGCUCUGGGGUGUCGCCGCUCUACCUGGCCGUGAUGAGCAGGUCGGUGGCCGCCGUCACAGCGGUUCUCUCGUGUAGGGAUGCGUCGGCGGCUGGCCCGGACUGCCAGAACGCGUUGCACGCCGCCGUGCUUCAGAGUCCAGAAAUGGUUUCUUUGCUAUUGGAGUGGCGACAAGAGCUUGCAACCCAAGUUGACAGCAACCAGAGCACCCCGCUACAUUAUGCCUCGUCUGAUGGAGAUCGUUCUAUCGUCCAAGAAAUCCUCAAACACAUACCUCCCAGUGCGGUACACGUACGUGACAGUGAAGGUCUCUCACCAUUGCAUGUGGCGGCGUUGAUGGGUCAUGCAGGUACAGUUCGCUUGCUGCUAAAGAUAUCCCCAGCUUCUGCAGGUGUUCGUGACAACCAGGGUAGAACAUUUCUGCAUGCUGCAGCUAUGCGAGGCCAGGUUUCUGUUAUCUCAUAUGCUGUAAAAAAUAGGAUGCUCGUACAUAUUUUGGAUGAACAAGACAAUGAGGGGAAUACACCACUUCACUUAGCUGUAAUUGCCGGGAAAUAUAAGACAGUAUCUAAGCUAUUAUAUAGUGGGAAAGUACAAAACCACAUCAUGAACAAUGCAGGGAACACUCCAUCUGAUCUGACUGAAAAGUCUACAGGUUUCUACACAAUGGUAAGGCUAAUUUUGAAAUUGUAUGUAUUCGGAGGACAAUUCCGACCACAAAGACAAGACCAUAUAGUGAAAUGGAAAGGCCAUGACAUCAUGAAAUGGCAAUCAACGUCAUCAAAAUAUCUUGCAAUUGUUUCUACUCUUGUGGCGACAAUUGCCUUCUCGGCUACAUUUAACAUGCCUGGCUCAUAUGGAUCAGAUGGAAAGGCAAAUUUAAAUGAUGAUCGUUUGUACCAUGCAUUCAUGGUGCUAGACUCCGUUGCAAUGACCACUUCUGUUAUAGCAACAAUACUUUUGGUCUAUGGAAGGAUUGCACAGUCCCAUCGCUCAUGGCCAAGCUUCGUGAUCGCAAUGUACUCACUUUGGUUGUCAUUGAUCACUAUGAUGCUAGCCUUCUUGACCAGUGUAAUGGCAGUGAUGGACAAGAAUAAUUCUAUAAGGAUGGCACUGACUCGUGAGUUGUAUCAAGGAUUGUAUGUCUUGAUGAUUUUGCUAAUAAGGGCGACAAUGCCUGGAUCGAUUAAAGGCAUCCUGAUGUUUUUGAUAGGUGGAUUCCUGGACCAGCAACGGCGUGUGAAGAGACGGAUCAGUCGACAGUAUCCUUUAAUUGUUUUCUACAUAUUCAACAUAAUUGUGUUCGCUGUUGUCACUAUUAUGGCACUUACUGCCAUUGAUGUCACUGGAAACCUUCGGUACUAG